UGUAGGUCAGUCGAGCCUAACGAAGACCUUGAUCAUAUGCCUUUCUGUUUUUCGGGACGUGAAUUGACUUCUAAAAGCAGUUUAUUGAAGUUUUCAACACAUAUUCGCGACAAUGGCGUGUCGCCGGACUUUGACGACCUUGAUCGUUUUGUUCUACCUGUCUACAGUGAUCUGCCAGAACCCACAGAUUGUGGAGGACAUAUUUCCAGAAGUGAAGAGAAAAAGUGACACGGGUUACCUGAACUGUACAGUCAGCAGACAGCAGAAUAAUAAGGUUAAUUGGAUCCAACCAUUGGGCGGUGUUAAUGAUAACUGGAUUUCCAGUGACACAGAAAUUUUGGCUAAAAAUGAAGUGGUCAAUGGAAAACAGAAGUAUGAAGUUAUCCGCCGUGUACGUGGAAAUGAUAAAAUCACCUACACACUGGUGGUAAACCGACUGCGUGAAGAAGAUAGCGGUAGAUACAAAUGUACGGUAUUUCUUGUUGGAAAAGACCAGAGAGAAUGGCCGUACAAGUACGGGAAUAUGACCGUACAAGUUCCACCAACAAUUAAAGUGUCGCAGACCUCAAACACUGUCCAGCGAAAUCAGGCAUCUGAUGUUACUCUCAGGUGCAACGCUACAGGUACUCCAAACCCCAACAUCACCUGGAUCAGAGCAGAUGGCAAGGCUCUACCAGAUGGCAGGCUCAGUCACAGGGGUCAUUUUCUACACAUCACAAAUAUCAGGAAGGAUGAUCGAGGGAUUUACAGAUGCCUGGCAGACAACAACGUGAUACCACCGGCCCACCAUGACGCUAAGCUGGUGGUAAACUUCAAGCCAGAGGCCGAAGCUGUGCAGGACACAGUGGGACAGGCCCAGAAUAGACGAUUCCAUGCUCUUUUAGAAUGUAAAAUAAAAGGGAUGCCAGAGCCGAACCUAAGGUGGUACAUGAUCACAGACACAGGUCCUGUUUCCCUGAUAGACGAUGCCAAGUAUGAUAUCAAUCAGCUGCUCACCCACGGCACAUCAUUGCAACUCAAUGAUGUUUGGUACACACUGAAAAUCCUCAACGUUCAAGCCAAUGACUACACGAUGUACUAUUGUGAGGGAUCAAAUGCUCUGGGGACAAGUCGUGCAGAGAUCAAGCUAUAUGAGACGAAUCAGUGCCAGGGACCGGACUGUCCUACCAUCGGAGCGCUCUCUUCGGCUUUCAGACUUCAAAUCUCAUGUCCUUCGUUUCUGUCUGUCUUCAUUUAUCUGGGGGUAUAUCUUUAUUACAUACGGGGUUAACAUCGUCAACGUUCUGUAGGGCAGAACAUCUAUCUUGGCACAUCAUAGUCAGUGAGCAGUUGUCACCAGAAAAGCCGCCGUAAAUCACUUUUGACCAGUGUGGGCCUUCUCAAACUUUACAGAUAGCUUGUUAUGUUCAUAAGCAUUUUAACUGUUACGUGUGCUUAGACUGUUACAUGAGCUCAUAUAUAUGUCCACUUGUUUUGGUCUAACUUACAUUACUGAAUGCCAGUUUUUACCAAACUUAUGGUAGUAACCGAUUUCCACAUUAAUAAUUGCAGUAGCGUUGACGCAGUAACUCCAAGCUCUGUCAUAAUUGUAGGCCUAUGUAGUGAAAGAGUAAACUUUGUGGCUCAGUUAUGCAUUUCAUUCUACUUAGCUCAUCCAGGUAGUGAGGGAACUAGCAACAAUAUAUAUGUAUUAGAUUUAAAUUUUUAUAUCAUGUAGCAUAAUUUUAUGAACAGAAUAUUUGUAGAAAUAUUCCACAUUUUAAGGUGUACAUUUUACUACAGGCAUCUUUCUAAAAACCCAUCUUUUAACGCUUGUAAUAUAUUUAUUCAUUUGUAUUGUAUAUAAUUUGUUGGUAUUCAGGUGCCUUACAUUCUGAACACUAUGUUAAAACGCUUAUUUCUAAGUUGCUAGUGUUACCUUGUUCCCCUGACCUGGAAUUCUUGCUUGUAGCGCUUAGAAUAAUGGUGAUAUAUGGUGGAAGUCUACAGGAAGUCAGUUGUUCAUCUCAAUUCGUUAAACUAUAAAACUUUUUGUUAAGUUGUAUUACGCCUUAUAUUAGCUUACAUAUGUUUCAGUUACAUACUCUUACAAUGUAUAUUUGAUGCUCUAAUUGCUGUCUGUACCUUGAAUUCAUAAGCCGAGGCCUCCGUGGCUCAGUCGGUUAGCGCGCUAGCGCAGCGUAAUGACCCAGGAGCCUCUCACCAAUGCGGUCGCUGUGAGUUCAAGUCCAGCUCAUGCUGGCUUCCUCUCCGGCCGUAAGUGGGAAGGUCUGCCAGCAACCUGCGGAUGGUUGUGGGUUUCCCCCGGGCUGUGCCCGGUUUCCACCCACCAUAAUGCUGGCCGCCGUCGUAUAAGUGAAAUAUUCUUGAGUACGGCGUAAAACACCAAUCAAAAAAAAAAAAAAAAAAAAAAAUUCAUAAGCCUACCAUUUCAUUGUUUAUAGUUAUGUAUGGCAACAAAUCCAAAUAGGUGUUGCAACUGUAAAUAUUAACGUGUGCUCUGUAUGACAAUUCAGUAUGUACAUUGUUCUUUGUUCCUUACAUUACUUCAUUGAUUUUAUUCAAAUUGAUCACAUAUAGGACUUAAAUGUACAUUGCUAUUUUUGCAGUGGAUUAAUAUUCCAAUAUAAGAGUAUACACAUAAUCCCAAUGGAUGAAAAGUAAUACAUUUAGAUGGUUAUAGAUUGGAAAUGGACAGCUAAUGUUCAGGUGAAGGGCUUGUAUGAAAAUCUGCAUGAAAAUGAAUGCCAGAUUCAAGACACAAUUUUCAUUUAAAAGUUUCAUUUUCUUCGAACAGUAAGGAAUGUUAACUCGCCGAAUGUUUCUAUUUCUCCAAAAUGACUACAAUAGUCAGAUGAGCCAGGUCUCUGAUUUUCUCUCUCUACAGUUGACUACAAGUGUAAGGAUAGAUUUCUAAAUGUAUUUUUUUCUUUCUAAAAACUACUCCAUAUGUAAUUACACUCAGAGGUUUGAACGUCUUUCUCUCUUAACGCUCAUACAGCCUUGAAUCGAGAGUGAGAUACCUUAGCUAUAAUUAUAACUGCAAAGUUAAAAAUCAUUCUGGCGAACCCACGGCAUUAAUCGUUUGCUUCAGGAGACCCUGACUGUCAAACACAGACACCUAUCCGGUGAAGAAACUCCGCCAUGCCUCGCGUAAGCCUAUACACACAAACAAAUUACGUUCGUCCAUUACAGGAAGUCUAAUUGUUGGGCAAAUGACAAUCUUCCAAACUCAUUAUUAGUGAUUAACAAAGACUUGCUGUGUAUAGCACGAAGCGUAGGCCUAUACUUGAGUGACCUCUGAUUUCACGGUGACUAAUCUAAACAGGUACAAGUUUUGAGAAAGUUCAACCUAAUAUAAGACAUGUUAUCGUGAUCUGUACAAGCCCGUGCUCAGCGCCCUGAUGUCGCAGCCAGGCUAAUAUUAAGUCUCAGAUGCAGCCUUGCUCAGGGUAAAGCUAACAGAUGUGAUUCCUACUCAAAUGGUCAAUUUCACUACUUUAGAAUGUUUAUAAUAAAGUGUGUAAAUAUACAUGUGAAAUUAUAAUAAAUGAUUUUUUUAUGUUAUGCAAAA